UGGUUUUGACUAGAUAUUCUUUCUAUCUUCUUCCAUGGUUUUCUUGAUCUUCCAACAACAACAACAAGUCCAGUAUGUCCGGCGGCGGCGAUAAGAGUUCUCCUCCUCUUGAUCCUGCUCCGACCACAUCCGAGGUUACAUUAUUACCUGACAAUGAGAUCCAGCCAGCUGAUGAUUCCAUUUCCAACAACGGCUCCACUCAUUUGCCCGCCGCCGGAUCUGUACCUCCCCCAGAUGUCGACGUUGAUAAACUUAAACCUCCCAAAUCAUCAUCUUUUUUUAUGUCAUCUUUUUUUAUGUCUGUGUUCAAGUCGAAACCCAAGCGAGUACUUUCGGAGGUUAACAAUGCUACUAGCCAUGAUGAGGAAACACAUAAUGAAAGUGAGGCCCUGAUGAACCUGAUAAAAGCAGAUCUCGACUUGAUCGAUAACGUGAAGACGAUGGUCACUACGCACAACGAUCUAAUUGACAAGGAGCAUACUCGUUACGAUCAGCUGAAGAAGAACGGUGGUGAAGUAGAGGGUAUCCGGCAAAUGAAAAAGCGGGUCAAGAUGGUGAAGCAGCUCGUUACUUCUAAGCAUAAAGACGAGUACAAGGAUUCAAAUAAGCACAAAAGUUUGCUGGCAGAUGAUUCAGCUGACCACGUUAAAACUCUUGACCCCAACGUGCUCCAGAAAAUGCCCAGCUUGUACGCUAGUAAAGAUUUAUUUGUGGCUAAUUGUGCUUUUAAAGAUUUCGAAGCUCGCUAUAACGCCCUAGACAAAGAACUUAAGCUAUGUUUACUUUGCUUUUCGGUUUUCCCCGAAAACGAGGUAAUCAAGAAAAGGGUCAUGAUCUAUUGGUGGAUUGGCGAAGGGUUCGCACCUCCAUCCCUCGGAAACACACAACAACAACAACAGCAACCGAAUGAUAAUCUUAGCGAAAACACUCUGCAAGAAACUCUGAAUGGAGACGACAACACACUUCAGCUCAAUGCAAAUUCUGAAAUACAAGACGCAGUUCUCACAGAAGACACUGAUGAUCAUCAUCAACAUCAGAAGAAGAAGAAGAAUUCGACUCCAUCUGGGAGCAGCAGCAGUAGCAGCAAAGACCAGGAGAAGGGAGAUCCGAGUGGAAUCACCCAGAAAGAGAAUAAAACUCCUGAUGGAACUAUAAAUCAAAAGCAGAAUGGAACUUUGAUCGGAAACAAAGGGAAAGAAAUCGUGGAUCAAACAUUAACGAAACAGUGGAGCAGCAAGACAAAUUCUUUACACAAUAAAUUGACAGCUCACUCAACAAGCACCAUUGGAGAGUCAAGCAGGUCAAAAUCCACGCCUACAAUUGGAGUAGAAGGCGCCAGUACAGUUACAAAAAAGACAGCAGAAGAUUAUGCUAAUGAAUUCUUCAAGGAGCUAAUCGAUAAGGGCUUUAUCGAGCCUGUCCAUGAAAAGCAUCCUCCUCUUACUCAGGGGAAGAUUGCAGGCAGUUGCAAACUUCACCCUUUCACUCGUUCUAUGGUAAUAAUACUUGCUCAAAAGGCAAACUUCUUUGAUUUUGAUGAGAAAAAGGGGAGUCCAGUAGAGCAAUGCUCUAAUUCUCUUAGGUCGUGCUUAACAGGUAAAGUGCUAAACCAAAAUGAUAAACUAGAAAGGCUUCAUACUCUGUUUAACGUUAACGAGGAAACACUCGAGUUCAAACCCGAGUUGCUUGGAAGGAUGAAGAACCUAAAUGUACUCUAUUUAGGAAGAUGGCAGUCAUCCGCCAAACAUCACAUUGAAGUUGAGGAUAUGAAAAAUCUGAAGAAUGAAACUGUGAGUGUUCUUGAUGGUUUGGAGAAUUUAAAUCAUCUGAAGUUUUUGAGUAUACAAGGCAUCUCUAGGAUUACUGAGCUCCCCAAGUCCUUCUGUCGGCUGUCAAAGCUCACUAUUUUGGACAUAAGGGCUUGUCACAAUCUGGAGUUACUUCCUGAGGAGAUUGGCUUGCUUAAGAAUUUGACUCAUUUAGACAUGUCCGAAUGCUACUUAUUGGACCAGAUGCCAAAGGGUCUUUCUUCACUCAGUCGACUCCAAGUACUUAAGGGCUUUGUGGUCACUGAAGAUGCGGACGAGAAAAAGUCGUGUAAGCUUGAUGAGUUGCUUAAUUUACCUCUGAGGAAAUUGAGCAUUUAUACAGGCUUAAUGAAUUUCCCAUCAGAAACGGAUCUGCGUUCUCUCAAUGGGUUAAAAAAACUUCUCACGCUAACAAUAGCAUGGGGAAGAGGCUCUUUACAAGACACGACCGGUCUGCAAGAAGAAGGAGAAGGAAAAGGAAAAGGAGAAGCUACCCCGAAGAAGAAGAAGGAGACUAAUACCUCUGCAUUUAAACAACCAAUGCUAUCAAAGAAGAAAACAGCGAGUCAAUCAUCUCCUAAGACAAAGAAUAAUAAUCUAGAGCUUCCUUCGCAGUUGAAGAAAUUGAGUCUUGUGUGUUUCCCGAGGUCAGAAACACCCGAGUGGAUGAAGCCAUCUAGUUUGGGAAACUUAAAGAGUCUUCACAUCAGAGGAGGGAAGUUUUCUGAUUUGGGUCAAAUUCAGGAUGUUGAGGAUGAUGCAAAGGCCGAAUGGAAUGUUGAAGUGCUUCGGUUGAAGUACUUGAAUGAGCUAGAGAUGGAGUGGGGAGAAUUCUUGGAAAUGUUUCCUCGCGUUUCCUAUUUGGAGAAAGUGAGAUGUCCCAAGCUCACAUUCUUUCCUUGUAACCAGAGUGGAGUGUGGGUCAGGAAACCGAAGAAGAAGAAGAAGAAUUAAGUUUGAAGGAGGAACAUGCAGCGUAACAUUACAAGUCUUGUACAAUUAUUUCAUCUUGUUUGAAUUUAGAAUUAUUUGGGUCCCAAGAUUCUCAUGGGAACUCCUAUUCUUGUGCUUCUUUGCUUCGUCAUCUUCGAAUAAGGUACACAAAAUGUUGUAAUAUGUGUAGUGUUGUUGUAAUGUGUAGUAGUUUCCUUUGUUAUUGUUGUUGUUUAUGUGAUCUGGGAUUUACUGAUUUAUGUAUGUUUGAUUGAUUUGAAUAAAGGCAAAUAAUUAUCCUUUUA